GUUGGUGUGUAUCUACUGUCAGAAGUCAGACAUCACAGCUCCCUGUUGCAAUGCAGUUCCUGGGGCGUCUUUUGGACACGGUCUCCUCUGUAUCAACUCUCUUCACCAACCCUUAUCGGGUGAGGGAUGUGCAGCUGUCUGACUACGGUGGAGGAGGAAAGGUCAAGCUGCAACAAGACGGACGUCUGGUUCUGUACAAGAAUGGCCAAUGUCAAUCAUGGGACUGUGUGCUUAUGUGCCCCGACACACCUACGGUUGCUCUGAGACUUUUUCAGGUGGCGUCAGAGGAGGAUGCCAUGAACUGGUUCCCACAGUACGCUCUGAAGCUCCCGCCCUUCUAUGAGACACUCCCGCCAAUGAAGGCUGAGACGGCGCAGAUGAUCGUGGACUGCCUCCGCAACCACCCGGAUUGGAGCGCUGCUCACAUCGCGGUGGAUACGGGGCUCAGGGAGUGCCUCAAGCAUAACUAUGUCCAAAGUCAGAUCAACACUCGGGAUGUGCAGGGUCAGACGCCGUUGCACCUGGCGUGCGAGCGAAGCGACUCGGCGUGUGUGAAGGAGCUGUUGGAGGAGAGCCAGGCUCGCACGGACAUCAGAGACCACCAUGGGGAGACGGCCAUGCACUUUGCCGCCAAGCAUGACUCCCCUGUCAUCAUCCAGGUCCUGUGCUCGCGGUUGUGCUCCGGCGUGGAUGAGCUCAACAACAACGGGGAGACGCCGCUCCACGUGGCUUGCCGCCUGGGCAGGGUGGAGGCCAUCAAAGCCCUCCUGGGGGGCGGGGCCAAGUGCAACAUCCUGGGCGGAGUUGGCUACCCGAUCCACACCGCCAUGAAGUACAGCGAGAAGGGCUGUGCAGAGGAGGUCUUAAAUGCGGACCCUGACCAGGUGCAUGCUGAAGACUCGCUGUAUGGAGGGACGCCCCUCCACUGGGCGAAAACAGCCGAGAUGUGUCGUAUGCUGCUGGAGAAGGACUGCGCCAUCAACUACCUCAGCAAGACUGGCGAGACCGCCCUCCACAUUUUGACCAAGAAGGGUCGCUUCGAAGCGGCCAUGGUUCUGCUCACCCAUGGCGCCAACGCCAACCUGAAGGGGCAGGAUGGCAACACGGCGUUACACCUAGCCAUGAAGAUGGAUCACAUGGAGUUGAUCAAAGCUCUGAUUGUGUUCGGGGCCGAUGUGGAGAUCCACAACGACUUGGGAGAGACGCCAGGACUGAUCGCUGCUCGCACCAGCAAAGGUCCCAAUAGGAAGAUACUGCUGGACAUGCUGUGUAGUGUAGGUGUGCAACGCUGCCUGCCUCCCUCCCCUGGCAGCCUUCCCCCGCUCUCCAACAAGGCCGUAGCGCCAGGCAUAGGCUUUGAGGACAUUAUGCACAUGGGAGCUGCCAUCACUGCAAUGAGCGGAGGCACAUCACAAGUGGACGGUAACAAGAAACGGAGGAUGGACAGACUGUUGUGUCUGGAUGGAGGAGGCAUCAAAGGCCUGGUUCUGAUCCAGAUGCUUAUUGCCUUGGAGAAAGAAGCCGGCCAGCCCACAAGAGAACUCUUUGACUGGGUGGCUGGCACCAGUACCGGCGGAAUCCUGGCCCUGGCUAUAAUCCAUGGAAAGUCCAUGGAGUAUCUCCGCUGCUUGUACUUCAGGAUGAAGGAGCAGGUGUUCAAAGGGUCUCGCCCCUACGAGUCUGCCCCGCUGGAGGACUUCCUGAAGAAAGAAUUUGGGGAGAACACCAAAAUGACAGAUGUCCAGUAUCCCAGGGUGAUGGUGACCAGUGUUCUAGCAGACCGCCACCCGGGAGAGCUCCACAUCUUCAGGAACUACGACCCGCCCUCCGUCCAAAGAGAACCCCCCUACGCCACCACGGCCACUUUCAAACCUCUCACCAUCCCGCAAGAGCAACUUGUGUGGCGAGCUGCCCGGUCCAGUGGUGCCGCCCCCACCUACUUCCGCCCAAUGGGACGCUUCCUGGAUGGUGGGCUGUUGGCCAACAACCCCACGCUAGAUGCCAUGUCAGAGAUACAUCAGUAUUACAAAGUUCUAAAAGCAGAGGGCCACGGAGUUGAAAUCAAGAAACUUGGUCUCGUUGUUUCCCUUGGCACUGGUAAACCUCCCCAGGUGGCGGUGAGUUCCGUGGAUGUUUUCCGACCCUCCAACCCUCUGGAGCUGGCCAAGAGCAUCGUGGGAGCGAAGGAGCUGGGCAAGAUGCUGGUGGACUGUUGUACUGACUCAGAUGGCUGUGCAGUGGACAGAGCCAAAGCCUGGUGUGAAAUGAUUGACACAGUCUACCACAGACUGAGCCCGCAGCUUUCUCAGGAAGUGAUGCUGGAUGAAGUCAGUGACGUCGUUCUGGUGGACAUGCUGUGGGAAACUCAGAUGUACCUGUAUGAGAAGAGGGACGUGCUGCAGUCCCUCGCCAAAGCGCUACUCUUGGAGAACUAAAAAAAAAACAAAAAUGACGCAGACACACUCAUGAGCUGAUGCUUACAGCAUGAUGAAAUUAUGACAGGGAUCACUGAUAGAUGACAGGAGUGUUCUGAAGGGCUUCACUCUGAAAGUUCAGCUUCUGCAGAUACGUGACUGAUUAUACUGGCGUAGCACCAAACCUCUGAAGAACAAGCAAGCUUAACAACAGGUCACACGUUCCAUUCUUGAUAGUUUUGUGUGUGCAUUUUUUUUAUAUUUAACUCAUUGAUAUUACUCUUAUCUCUUGUGAUGCAUUGUUGACAAAAUGUGAUGCUGCUUGCAUGAUGAGGAGGAGGACGAAGCAGCCUUUUUUUCCACAUGAUCUCCACACGUUAUCAUUUACCGACUUAAAGUUCAACCUCUUCAUGACUUUUGUACCACUACGUACCUCAUUUUACCUUACAUGUUAUCUGAAGGAAAAUGUACAUGACCUAGGUACACCUGCUCCUAUGAGAGCCAGUGCAAGACCUUUAUCACAUUAGCAGGCAAUGAUCACGUUGAUUGACUACAUGUUUAUUAUUCUGGUUGUAGUUUACACUGCAUCAUACUGAGAGCUGCUUCAAACAUUUUGGUGACCCUUAGUUACCGAGAGAAGAAAAAAUGUUUAAACUAAUUCUUGGUAUCUUCAGUUUAUUUGCAGAGUGUUAAUACCUCACUGACGGUGUAAAUCCAAUCUGUAAAGACAGAUGUUUUAAUGUAGUUUUUGGUAAUUGAUUUCUUUAGAUUUUAUAGAUGUACAAAAAAAGGAUACUACAGUUACCAACUUACUUGAAAUUCAAGCAGAAGAUCAACUGGACACAAGCUACUUUAUUGUCCCAUUUUGUAUACGUAUAUAUUUAAAAAGCACAUAUUCAUAGUCAUUACAUUUUAAUGUUGAAUAUCCAAUAAAAAUAUUUUUAUGUCAUACAGAAAAUAUGCGGUUUAUUGAUUAUGGUCUGGCAUUACCUGAGUAGGUGUUCACAUUUCAUGUUUUUGUUUACUACACACAUUUUUGUUUAGUUGUAAUCAAGCCAUAGACAAGUAAAGGUAUGUGUAGGUAACCAAUGUAAAAAAUGUUUUUAAUGUGGUACUAACCUAAUAAUGUACUGCAAAAUAUCAAACUUGAAUGGCAAAAUGUGAUUGUAAUAAAAACAGAAAGAAAUUGGGAUACACUAAAUACAGUAAGUAUAAUACUUUAAACAAAGCUUGCUUAAGUAAAAGCACUGUUACAGAAUUUAGAGACCACAUUAAAACGUGUCUCAGAAUGUUUUGUGAUGUCAUACUUGGAGCAGAAAGUUUGUUGUCAUGCUUUCUCCCCUGCAGAUGGCACCCGUGAUCAAUGUUCUGAGUCCUGUCCAGAGUGAAAGAACACCUCGUGGACGUGUGCUACUGUGGAUCUCUGUAGAUCAUUUGUCAGAAAAGGCUUGGAGGCAUAACAGGUGCUGCAUGUACUGAAUGCGCGUGUGACAUAAGAUAGUGGUAGUCUUGAUAAGUAGUCUUGCUCUACAGUCAAAUUACCCCAAAAUAUCAUACUUUUCUACAAGAGAGGAGAAAUAUGAUCUUAGGGAAAAACUUAAAAAAUCAUAUGCGACAACAACGCUAAAAACCCACAGCAUUUCAGUAUGUGGAAUCAAAUUAUGGAACAGACUGAGGAAGGAACUCAAACAAAACACCAAGAUCAGCGAAUUCAAGAAACAAUACAAGCAAUUGACAUUUGCAAAAUACAAGGAAGAGUCUUGAAAUUGUUUUGUUAUGUUUGUCUCAAUUCAUUAUUUAUUUAUUAUUACACUGAUUAUUAUAUAUGAUUUCUACAGUAUUGUGAAAAAAUCUUAAUUACAUCAUCAUAUUGACACAUUACCUUCUCAUUCUUCUAUGUAUUAAAAAAUCACAUGGAAUACAGGAAGUUAAAUAAAUGUGCUGCAAUAGAUGUGGAACGGAUGGGGGGUACGAUAAAAUAAGAUUUGUGUCUUCCUACUCCUUUUGGGCACGUGGACCUGUGAAUUGAGUGAUGUGAUGUAUUCUAUUGUAGCUUGUAUUCAUGUUCAAAUAAAAUUUAAA